GGGGCUCAGAGCGCACCGAAGGCAGCGGGAGGAGCACAGCACCGCGGGCUGCCUUCACCCUCAGCUUUCACGCUGGGCACAGAGAUGGCGUUCGUUCCCGACCUGGACGUGCUGGAGAGCAGCAGCCUCAGCGAAGAGACCUUCUACGGCCCCUCCUGCCUCUGCCUGCAGAAGGUAAGGAUGGGAGGGCUGGGCGGCACGGUGGCGCGGGGCCGUGGCAGCGUGGGGCACUCAGCCGCAGCCCUCUCCCCGCAGAAGCCUCGCCUGGAUUCUGAGCACACCACAGUGGACGUGCAGGUGACGGUGCGGAAGGGACGUGGUGCCCGGAGCUUUCGGCGGGCCGCCGUGCUGGUGGUGGCCAUGACCAAACUGCUGCGGAGGCCGAGGAGCAGGGACUUUGCUGACAGCGACCUGAGCGCGCUCCUGGAGGAGGUUUUUGAGCCCGUCACCUUCCAGCGGCUGGAGAGCAGCUACGCCGGGGCGCCCGCCUUCCGCUACACCCGCUCACAGUCCUUCGACAUCUUCGACAUCAACCAGAAGUGCUUCGUGCUGGAGUCACCCACCCAGCUGGUGGCCCUGCACCUCCAGGGGCCCUCCUCCAGCCAGAAAGUGAGGCUCAACAUUGCGCUGUACCGGCCCCGAGGACCACGGGGCAGCGCUGGAACUGGGCAGAUGCCAGUGGCACUGGGCAUCAAGGGCUACAAGCUCUACAUGUCGUGUGUGAUGAGCGGCACCGAGCCCACACUGCAGCUGGAGGAAGCCGACGUCAUGCGGGACAUCGACAGCGUCGAGCUGACCCGCUUCAUCUUCUACCGCCUGGACAGCCCGACUGAGGGCACCACGCGCUUCGAGUCGGCCGCCUUCCCCGGGUGGUUCAUCUGCACCUCCCUGCAGCCCCGGCAGCCCGUGGGCAUCACCAACCAACCCGACCAGGUCAACAUCGCCACCUACAAGCUAAGUGGGCGCUGACUGCCCGCUCCAACCCAAACCGGCCCGUUGCUGGUUUCCAUCUCGUAUGUACCGAGUACAACCCCUGCUGCCCCGCCACGCUGUUCCACGUGGAAUAGCCGCUCUGGGCCCUGUGGGCCUGAGUCAUGCAUCGUUUAUGUUUCAUUACCGUCCCGUUGCUUUUAACUUAUAUAUAUAUAUUUUUUACCGUAAUUAUGAUGGUUUUAUUUCAUCUCCCCUUGUCGGGGUGGAGGUAUUUAUUGUGACUGGAGAAAUAAAAGCUUCCCUGUGGA